AUGUCAUGGGCACCGCGUCGAGCAGCAGCAGCAGCAGCAGCAGCAGCAGCAGGAAUAGCAGCAGCAGCAGCAACUGCUGCUGCUGCUUGGCUGUUCAGUAGCCCUCCUCCUCCAUGCAGCAGCAGCAACCAAAUAAACCCUCAGCUGUCUCCUGCUGCUUCUGCUGCUGCAGCUCCUGCUGAGACGCACCAAUACCAGCAGCAGCAGCAGCAGAAGCAUCACCAGCAACAGCAGCAGCAGCAGAAGCAUCCCCAGCAGCAGCAGCAGCAGCAGCAGCAGGGUGCCGUCUCUGCUUCUCGAGAUUCUGAGCCGUCUCUGUCUAAGAGGCCCCUUAGAGAGAAGGUGCAGACACACCAGGCGCCUCGUGGCCUUGACAUUUUAGUGGAGGCUGCGGCUGCAGCAGCAGCAGAUCCAGCAGCAGCAGCAGCAGCAGCAGCAGAAGGUGCAGCAACAGCAGCAGCAGCAGCAGGUGUAGCAACAGCAGCAGCAUCAGCAGGUGCUGCUGCAGCAUCUGGUGCGGAGAAGCAACAGACCCCCCCACGUGGACGCCCACGGAGAGCAGCAGCAGCAGCAGCAGCAGCAGCAGCAACAGCAGCAGUAACAACCCCCGAUGCUGCAACUCCUGCAGCAGCAGCAGCAGCUGCUACUGCUGCUGCUGCUGCCCCCAGCAGCACGGAGACCCGGACAGAGAGGCAGCAGCGGAGACAGCGAGAAGCAGAAGCAGCAGCAGCAGCAGCAGCAGCAGCAGCAGCAGCAGCAGGUGCUGCUGCUGCUGCAGAUGCUGAGGCGCCACCUACCCCGGGGGCCCCCAAUAGGUCUUACCGCCAGAGGCCCCCUCGACAGCGUAGACAGCAAGCAGCAGCAGCAGCAGCAGCAGCAGCAGCAGGAGCAGCAGCAGCAGGAGCAGCAGCCGAAGCAGAAGCAGGAGCAGCAGACGGGACAUCAGCAUGCACAACACCAAGCCCUGCAACAGCAACAACAACAGCAACAGCCACAGCACCAGCAGCAACAGCAGCAGCAGCAGGAGCAGCAGCAGCAGCAGCAGACAGCAGCAGCGCGGCUGCGCCCCCGAGAAGAGAAAGAAGGCCCCGCGGUGCUGAGGCCCUCAGAUGCAAAUUCGGCUGCUUCGCCGUCACCGAGGAAGAGCUGCAGGAGCUUUCAUGCGGUACGUGCUGCAGCAGCAGCAGCAGCAGCAGCAGCAGCAGCAGCAGCAGAGCAGCAGUAGUAGCAGCAGGAGCAGCAGCAGCAGUUGGAGCAGCAGCAGUAGCUGCAACAGUAGCUGCAGCAGUAGCUGCAGCAGUAGCAUGGAGAGGAGCAGCAGUAGGGAUAGCGGUAGCAGCAGCAGCAGAUGCUGCUAAGGAGGCAGCAGCUGCUUCCUCUUCCUCAGGAGCAGCAGCAGCAACAACAGCAGCAACUGCAGCAGCAGCAGCAGCAGCAGCAGCAGCUCGCUCCCAACCUCCUCCACCCCUCGCUCGGAUCGAUGCAUGCGGGCACUGCUUCCACCUGCGCUGCAUUCAGCAGCAGCAGUACCGACUUCUGCUGCAGCUGCUCCUGCCCUUCCCCGUCAAAUCCCUGUUGCUAUUUCUGUUCCUUCUAGCUACCACUGCCGCUGCUUCUGCUGCUGCUUCUGCUGCUGCUGCUGCUGCUGCUGCUGCUGCUGCUGCUGCUGCUGCAGGUGUGGGCGCAGCGGGAGACAUCUUGCCCUUUGUGUAA